GUAAGUUUUCACUACACUAAUAUUAAAUAGUUAUGGUAAAUCAAUCAUAGUGAUUUGAUUAAAUUUAGGUAGCAUCGGUACAGUUUUAGAGGUUGGAUUAUAUGAGAUGGAACAUGGAGUACCAGGAGGACUUAUUGGGUCAGAGAUUCAUGGCUUCAAGACAAUGGAAGAUUUGGAUAUGCCCAACAUGUUGGAGGAAGCAAAGACAAGAUGGCUCCGGCCAAAUGAAAUUCAUGCAAUACUUUGUAACCACAAGCAUUUCAGCAUCAGUGUGAAGCCAGUUAAUUUGCCACCAAGUGGCACCAUCGUUCUAUUUGACCGUAAGAUGCUCAGAAAUUUCCGAAGAGAUGGUCAUAACUGGAAAAAGAAAAAAGAUGGAAAAACUGUAAAAGAAGCUCAUGAACACUUGAAGGUUGGCAACAAUGAAAGAAUUCAUGUAUAUUAUGCACAUGGCGAAGAUCGAUCAACCUUAGUUCGUAGAUGUUAUUGGCUUCUUGAUAAGAAACUGGAACAUAUUGUACUUGUUCACUAUCGUGACACUCAAGAGCUGCAAGGUUCUCCGGCGAUCCCUGUUGAUUCCAACUCUAGUUCAGACCCACCUACUUCAUCUAAUCUGUCUGAAGAAAUUGAUGGAGUUGAUCAGGUGUACUUUACUGAGCCAACUGAGACAGUAAUCAAUCAUGAGAUGAGGAUUCAUGAACUCAACACUCUUGAAUGGGAUGAGCUCGUUAUUCCAAACGAGUCCAACAAGCUGAUUACAUCAGGAGGAAAUGUUGCACGUUUUAAUCAAGCUGACCAAUAUGAAUUAAACGGAUCAGUAGAUAAUAGUAAUUUCAUCUUGGGGAACAAUUUUGCUAUGGAAAAUGCUUUGGCACCAUUUGGUAACGAAACAGUGAGAGAAGGUAAUACCGUUAGUUACAAUGACCUUCCGAAGGCGGGAAUGAAGGACACUCAAGUUGCAAAUGUUGGCACUGGUGUUUUAGACAUGAUGCGAAAAGAUGGAUUGCCAGCACAAGAUAGUUUUGGAAGAUGGAUGAAUUACAUCAUAGCAGAUUCUCCUGGAGCAAUAGAUGACCCGUUACUAACUCCAGAACCCUUGUUGAGUUGUGAGCAACAACUCGGAACACUAAAUGGUGGUCACCUUGAAUCUCAAGUUUUCAAGAUAACCGAGGUCUCUCCUUCAUGGGCUCUAUCAAAUGAGGAAACAAAGAUCUUAGUGGUCGGAGUGUUCCAUGAAAGACAUAUGCGUCUAUCAAACUCAAAUCUAUUUUGUGUGUGCGGGGAUGUUUGUGUUCCAGCAGAAAUCAUCCAAUCAGGAGUGUUUAGGUGUAUGAUUACUCCACAAAAUGCUGGUGUUGUGAAUCUUUUCCUCAGCUUUGAUGGCCAUAAACCCAUCAGUCAAGUCAUGGCAUUUGAAUUCAGGGAUCAACCUAUGACUACUUUAGUGACUUCUGUAGACGAGAAGCCUGACUGGCAGGAUCUUCAAAUCAAUAUGAGACUAGCUCAUUUACUUUUUUCUACUUCUAAAAGUCUGAAUAUCUUAUCUAGUAAGAUACCACAAAAGACCCUGAAGGAAGCAGUAACGUUUGCGCAGAAAACACGCCACAUUGUUAAUAGUUGGGAUUAUCUGGUAAAUUCAGUUACAGAAAAAAGAAUACCUUUCCAGCGAGCAAAAAAUAGCUUAUUGGAGCUCACAUUGCAAAACAGAUUACUUGAAUGGCUGUUGGAAAGAGUGUUGGAUGGUGGUAAGAUCCCUGACCGAGAUGAUGAAGGUCAAGGAGUAAUCCAUUUGUGUGCAAUUUUGGACUAUAAUUGGGCUAUAUACCCGUAUUCGUGGUCUGGCUUAUCUCUGGAUUUUCGUGACAAAUUUGGAUGGACGGCUCUUCAUUGGGCCGCACACUAUGGGAGGCAAAGGAUGGUUGCAUCUCUUCUCUCUGCAGGGGCCAAGCCAGAUUUGGUAACGGACCCUACUUCAGAUAACCCGAGUGGAUGCACACCUGCUGAUCUUGCAUCCAAGAGUGGUUAUGAGGGAUUGGGUGCUUAUCUUGCUGAGAAGGGUCUUGUGUCUCAUUUUGAGGCCAUGACCUUAGCUGGAAACGUUAGUGGCUCACUACAAAGUACGUUACCUACUAAUGAUGAUUUUGCCCCUAAUCUCCGAUUGACUCAAGCCAACGAAGAGGAGCAAUAUCUGAAGGAUACCCUGGCUGCUUAUAGAACAGCUGCAGAUGCUGCAGCUCGUAUACAGGCUGCAUUUAGAGAGCAAUCCUUUAAACUUAGAACAAAAGAAGUUGAGUCUUCAAACACAGAAGAUGAAGCACGGAGUAUCAUAGCAGCAAUGAGGAUUCAACAUGCUUAUAGAAAACAUGAAACAAAAAAACAAAUGGCAGCUGCUUUACGCAUACAGUAUAGGUUUCGCACUUGGAAGCUAAGAAAUGAAUUUUUGAAGACACGUCGUCAAGUCAUCAAAAUUCAAUCAAUUUAUCGAGGGCACCAAGUCAGAAGGCAAUACACUAAGAUAGUAUGGUCGGUAGGGGUGCUUGAGAAAGCGAUUCUCCGUUGGCGUUUGAAACGAAGAGGUUUUCGAGGUCUUCAGGUUGAUCCAAAAGAUGAAGACAAGGACGAAAAGCAAGAAAACAAUGGUGAGGAGGGAUUCUUCCAUGCCAGCCGGAAGCAAGCUGAAGAGCGGGUAGAGAGAUCUGUUGUUCGGGUGCAAGCCAUGUUCCGCUCAAAAAGAGCUCAGGAAGACUACAGAAAAAUGAAGCUAGAACACAUCCAAGCAUCGCUUGCGUAUAGUGAGAGCCUUGACCCCGCGACUGACAUGGAAAACUAAAAUAUGUGUUUCAUUAUGCGAGUGUGCACUUGUUUAUGUUUAGGGUGUUGUCACAUCUUGUAAAUGCAUAGUUAAGGAGGUAUGUCGAUUAUGCCCAUCCAUAUUUUUUUUUUAUGGGAAAGAGGGUUUCCAAUUCUAAUUUAAGUAUGAGCUAUCAUCGAUAGUAGUUUCCCUUCUGAUCGAAAGGCCCUUAUGACUAGAUUCGAUGCAAGUGAGGAGUUUGACUGCUUCGAUUACCAGGUCCAUAGGGUCAUUUUGGUAUAACCAAGAGUUGUUAAUCUGGUUUCUUUUCAUUUACCAGUUGUCUAUGUAACUGAAUAUCCCUUUAAGUGAAGCCUACAAUUGGGAAACAAAGAUUGCAAUAUAUAGUAAUAUAUGUAGAAAUGUUGUAUGGUUAA